GUUCAGUAAGUGCACUUUUAUUUCUCUUGUACAGACGUUACACUUGUGUAGUUUAGCUGAUUUGUAAUUUGCGAAGGGACCGAUGGUUAACAUUGUUUAGUCGUAAUCUGACUCGUGCGUCUCCAGGUGUCGCGAGCGAAGCGCACAAAGACCAACCGACAAUAGAGAACGUGGAAGUGAGCGAGAGCGUGGCGUGGUAGCCACGGCGGCUAGCUAGCAUGCUAACAGCUAACAACAAUGAGCACAAUUUGGCGCUCGAGCGGACACAAGUUUGAAUUUAAAGGGAGGAAAUGGUUCACCGCAACUUUUGGUAUUCUGUAAAAAUAUUGACAAAAUACACGAAUUGCACGGAACUGAUAGUCGCGUGUUAUUUACGCACGUGCAUUAAGUAGAAAUCUGCGAAUAGCCCGGUAGCUUUUUGUUUGUUCACUUCUGAACGCGCUGCUUUUCGUGUCGCAAACAAACCCUCAGCCGAACGACGUCAAACAUCCUCUGUGUCCAUCGUCUUCGUGCUCACGGGUCCGCGAAUAGUCCGAUGUGUUGACCGUAUGUCAGAAUAGUAAGAUACACGUUAGUUACCAGGAGUAAAGCGCCGUGUUGUGGUGGGUGUUUCUGUGGACCGUCACCGUGCGGAAAGUUUGGGAGCCCGCAUCCGUUACCACUGCAUUAAAAUAUUGUUGCCACAACACCAACCAACAAACAGACUAUGUUUGGUUUUCACAAGUCAAAGAUCUACCGGAGUAACGACGGCUGUUGCAUCUGCAAGACCAAGUCCUCCAGUUCACGCUUCACGGACAGCAGUCGAUAUGAAGAAACAUUUGAGCUCUGUUUUGGGCUUUCAGAAGAUCGUGUUGGAGACAUUUGCAAUGCCUGUGUGUUGCUUGUGAAGAGGUGGAAGAAGCUCCCUAAUGGCUCCAAGAAGAACUGGAACCACGUGGUGGAUGCCCGGGCUGGACCAGGCUUCAAGAUGACAAAGCCCAAGAAGAUCAAGAACAGUGACGGGAAGAAGAAAAGCAAGCUGAGGAAGCUUCAUAAAUUAAAGAGACAAAACUCCGAUGCCCACAGCACAACAUCCAGUGUGUCUCCGGCGCAGUCCCCCAGUUACAGCAACGUGUCAGAUGAUGGCUCAGACAUCGAGUCCAAGCAAAGACGCCCAACUCCCUCCAUCUUCUCUUUCCUGGACCGUUCGUACUGGAAGAGGCAAAAGGUGUGCUGUGGGAUCGUCUAUAAGGGGCGGUUUGGAGAGGUGAUUAUUGAUCCUCGUCUCUUCAAGCCCUGCUGCAGUUCCAAAAAACAGAAGACACUGGUGUCUACGCAGGUGGCCACACACCUUCCAGACCCACUUCCUCCACAACUCCCAGAAGUCAUGAAAGAAACCUGGUGAUUGCCUUUGUUUGACCCUCCCCCUGUAGGGUUAUCCACGGCAUCCACCUGGAUUUGUCUCCAGUGGCAGACCUCCUAUUUCCACCCACCCAAUUAGAUAAUAUAGUUAGAUGUUUCUUUUCCAUGUAAUGUUCCUUUUUUAUAUGGGUCUUUUAUCUUUUGUAUAGAGUUAUUUUCUUUCUUUUUUCUUUUUUUUUUUAUAGAAAGAAAAAAGAGUGGAAAACGUAUUAUGGGCAUUAGUGUUAUUUAUAGUUUGAGGGAGCACAUUUUGUCAAUGCUCCUUUUUUGAUUUGGUAUUGUUUUUGGAUAUUUUGUAUUGCGUGAUCAAAGUUGUGUAAAUAUUUUGUCACCUUUUCACACAUAUCAAGACUGUGCUAUAUUUUUUCAUAAUUUGUCUAAUUGUAAGUGCAUAUGAGAGACACCAGCUAUUCUAAUACCAGCUUUUUUGUAUAUGUUGGAGUAGCUCCAACAUGUUGCAAUGUUUUUGUCUUAUCGGUUCCAUAUGUGAGUCUGUAGAAUUUUUAGUACACAAAUGUCUAUUGGUUACCCCAGGGAUCAUCAGUACAGCUGUUCUCUAUGAAUUUAAUGACCCUUUAGUGUUUGUAUAGAUAGUAACACAUUCUCUUUCUGACAUGUUCACAGUUUAAGCAUGCUGCACGUUUGAAACACUCCAUUUUGAUUCUCAUCAGUUGUUGCACAUUAACUCAGAUAGAUGAGGUUAAACAUGCAUGCAGUACAUUCCUUUGCCCUUCAAAAUGACACACGUGAUUCAUUUAAUUUGUGCAGCCUCCAAUGAAAUGACAAUGCAUGUUAUAAAGCAAAUGUUUUUAAAAUUAAUUUUGUAAAUAGUCAGUGUUCCUGCUCUUGGUACAUCAAAAUCUUUUUAACAUUUUUUACAGGAAUAGCAAGCUAAUACUUUUGUAAGAAAAUGUUGUUUUGUGCGUCUGAAAGGUGCUGGAAACAUGUACCUUUUAUGCUAAGCCAGUUUUAUCAAAUCUCAUUUUCUUAGACACAUUUUUGUAACAUUGUGUAAACUGCAGGGAAUGGUAGACGUUUAUGGUCAGAAACGUAACCUACAGGAAGCGUGACCCUUUUUUUACGGUUACUCUAAAUUGUUGCCAGAAAAUUACUGUUAGGGAAACUUGUUUGAUUGCCAUUUAUGUGAUUCAUCUUCAGAAGCAAUUGUCAAAGUUCAAACUAUGCAGACAUUUUUGAAUGUGAGAAGUGCUCUGGGGCUGUCUUAUCACUCGCUAUUGCAGUGUAAAGUGAUGGUUCCUCAUUCAACCAAAUUGGCUUAUAAAAAGCAUCCAUUAUUUCAGCAAUACUAUUUCAUUUUCCAAAUCAAAAUUCAUCAUUGUCUCAAGAUAUUUCUUGUUUGUGUUAUGUUGAAAUAAUGUUCAGAUUGCAGAGUUUUUUAGCCGUCGUGCAUACUGUCGCUCAAAUGAAUACUGUAAUGCCACGGUUGCUUUAUUUUUUUUGCAUUAUUGUAACCAAUCUCAACCUUCAUGAAUUGACAGGCAAUGAUCGGUAAAGUUGCUUAAUAUAUAAAUGUUUCUGCGGCAGGGUAAUUAAAUGCUGAACAUGUUUUAUGAUUCCUAUUAAAAGGAGAAAUUGCUGCUUCCUUUUAAGCUGGGAAAUAAGCUUGUUUUUGUCCUUAGGGAGUUGCCAUAUUGUUUUUGCGAGGUACAUUUUGGGAUGUGAGAUGUGCCUUAAUGAAUUACCUGACCUUGUCAUGAUCCUCAUGUAAUUUAUAUUUAUUUAUUGCAAAACCUUUUUUAAACUGACAUUUUGAUAACUGGUGUGGAGCCUUUCAGAAAGUCUGUUUUUAAUUUUGUGCACUUCCUUUGAACAUGCAAUGUAGUUGUUUUUUUUACUUAUUUGUAUACUGUACGACAAAGUAGAUCUGUAUUGUAAUAAAAAAUGAAAGGAGAAAA